AUGAGCAAAGCUCAUGUUCCUGAAUUGAAAACAUCUAUGGAAAAGAUGUUAUCAUUGAUAUUAAAUAGUGACAGACAUGUCCAGGGAAUAUCAUGGAGAUUUGAUUCCCUUAUCAAUUUUGUGAAAGACAAAUGUGUGAAGAUGGCAACUAGUGUGCAAUUAAACAAUACCAGAAUGGUGAUAAUAUGAGUAAACAGUAUCAUGUUAGAAGCCUUGGAAAAGACUCCCAUAAUUCAUGGCUGUUUGGUAAUGUCCCCUUUACAAAGGGCCUGUUUCACUAUAAUGUAAAAAUUGGGUCAUGUACAUUUUCUUAUUAAACUUUUUGUUAAAUGAACUUUUGUAAUAUAAAA